AUCCUCGGUCCGCGAGAAGCCUUCUCGCUGCCCCUUCCCCAAGUCCCACCUGGUUAUCGCGGCUCCAGCUGCUCGGGAACGAGAGUACGUGUACGGUGCACGUCGAAUGCGAAGAGGCAAUCAGUCCCCGUCGAGCUGUUGCCGCGUCGCGACUUCAAAAGGCACACGUCUUGAUGUGUAUGCGCGAACGGAUGAUUCACGAUACCGAUGAGUAAUACAAUUUAAGAUGAUUAUGAUGCGGUCCAAUCCAACGACGAAACUAGGCGGCAAACCGCCACCGCCCGUGCCGCCCAGGCCGAGCAAGAGUUUGGUGCAGGAGGCCCUGGCCAAGACCCGGAAGGUGUCAGCUUCGCCAGCUAGGCCGGCGCCGCAACCCCCGAACAACGACCUGGCCAAGUCCAAGUCCAGUGUCAAUAUCGUACUGAAAAAGCCCAGCUACGAUCGGUCCAUUUCCGAGGAAAUUAAAGCUAGCUCCCGACCUAUUGUUUAUAUGUCGUCCAAUGUGAAAACGGUGAACAAGAUAAAUCAAGAGGACAGUGUGAAAAUGGUUGAGUGUGUUAACGACAAGAUCGGUUUCUUCAAGAAAAUCGAAAGUGAUGAAUGUAAGUUAAUCGAGAAGUGUGAUACCAAGUCGACGGAAAAGGAUUCGAAAACAGACAGCAUGCCUUCCAGUGCCAGCAGUAGUAAGAGUAACAGUCUCGAUAAGAAAUGGGAUAAAAUGUUGAACGACAGAAACCACGUGAACACUCUUAUCGACGAAAUGUUCGCCAGUGUCCUGGAAGUCUCAGGCAUUGAUGACAGUGAUGAACUCAAAACCGAAGUCACUGUGAAUGACAAUGAAACCACCCAGAUCACCAUCAAUAACAACGUCAAAGAAGAAGUAAGCAAAGUCGAUCCUUUACCGAAAACAGUAAUCAUAAUCAAGGACGAGACGACCAAAAACGAUGUCAAAGACACCGACAAAACUGAUAUCAGGACGGUCUCACCCAAAAAGGAGAAGCACGAGAUCAACGACAUAUCAAAUCACGAACUCCUCAUAACGGAACUUCAAAACAUGAAAUUGGACCAGGAAAGAAUAAUGAAGAGGCAACGCAAACCCUCAUUGACACUGUACGACAAAACGCCAGAAAGUAAAUCACCAGAAAACGAAAUCUCCAAAAUACAAUGCUCGGAUUGGGUCGAAUUGGGCGAUGGAGGCGAGGAAGUACGCCUGUCGAGCUGCCAGAUAACCAUUGAAGAUUUAAAAAACAUUAAGGACAACGACGUGACAUUGGAUUGUGAAAGAAUAAGCAAAAUGUCAUCGUUGCACGGUUUACCUCCUCUGCCGAAAAGUCUCAGCGGUUUCAAUAUCCUCGAGAACUCGCAGAGCAACGGUCAAAAACCGCCCACCCCAGUGCGGACCAGCUCCAUACGGAGCGGACAGUCCGGCCAGCAUGGUCAUCUGGCUUAUCCUGCUCAUCACAAAUCCAAUGGUGUGACGCAGCAAGACUCCUCCGGCAGGAAGACGACCAACCUGGACAGCCAACUGGCCAUUCUACGAAGGGAAAUGUUCAGCCUGAGGCAGCUGGAUCUGUCGCUGCUGACGCAGCUGUGGUCGCUGAACGAGUCCAUCCAGGAUUUCAGACAGAUACUGCAGGACCAGGAGGAUCGGGCCCUUCUACCUCCGUCGCCGUCGCCGACACCCUCGUCCGGCGACGAGGCGGACGCCGACGAGUACUACGCAACGGCGACGUCUGCCUCCUCCAGAAGUCUGAGGCCGGCGCCGCCUCCGCCGCCCGCUCGACGGCCCAGCAGUUCAUCCAACGGUUCAAAUAUUUGAAAUGUGGACUGCGACCCGGAUAGACCUGUCCAAACGUGAAUCCCAAUAUUCCAUUUAAGUGUUUCCGAAUUCAGAGCGCGUAGCCCAAAGAACAACAUUGGCGGAUCGUCUACUGAAUUUCUACGAGGCGCAGAACAUCGUUUACAUAUGUAGAUUUUGUUUUCUUGCAGGAAGACAUGUGUGUACGUGGCACGUCAAAUAGUCGAAUUAGUAUAAUAAGUUGUGAGUAGGGCUCCAUGCGAGCCAUUCAAAUUGGAUCCGUUCAAAUUAAACCCACUUAACUACUAUUUAUUUUAACCAUAAACGAUUUACAUAAUGCAUGAUGUGAAAACAACAUGGGGUGGUUUAAUUUGCUUGGAUUCAUGUUACUUUUUCUUGUGAUACAUUUCUUGCACUAAUUUUAUUUUGUUUUUGUUUUAUAUGUGUAUUUAGUGUAAAAAUUACCAUGAUGUAUACUUAAUUUAGUGUUUAAUGUGUAAUUUAAUGAUAGAAUAAAAUUGGAAAUAAUUUGCUAAUCAGGACUGAAUUAAUGUAAUAUUAAAUGAAUAAAACAUUUUAUUUCAUGAACAGAA